AUGCCGAACAAUGCUACUUACGCAUCUGCACCGGUGAAAUCGACCUCGAAAUCAUCGAAAACCACUUUUCACUUUGGAGCUGGUCUCGUUUCCGGCCUUACAUCCUCAAUCCUUCUCCAGCCAGCAGACCUCCUGAAGACCCGCGUCCAACAGUCCCAUCAAACCGCCUCUCUCCUCUCCACAGUCAAGACCAUCCUCGACUCUCCUCACCCCAUUCGCAGUCUAUGGCGCGGUACUCUCCCCUCCGCGCUACGCACCGGGUUUGGCUCCGCAUUAUACUUCACAAGUCUAAAUGCCCUCCGACAGGGCGUAGCGCAAUCCGGAUCCCCACGUGCCCUCGCCAACCCCAAUGACGCCCAACCCGCGACAAAGUCUUCGUCCGCCCUCCCUAAACUCUCGAACUCCGCAAACCUAGCCACAGGAGCCGUCGCCCGAGUCGCUGCCGGGUUCGUAAUGAUGCCAGUCACUGUGCUCAAGGUCCGAUACGAAUCGGACUACUACGCCUAUCGGAGUUUAUACAGCGCCGGACGCGAUAUCGUUCGAACAGAAGGAAUCCGGGGCCUCUUUUCGGGAUUCGGGGCUACCGCCGCGCGAGACGCCCCUUACGCUGGUCUCUAUGUUCUCUUCUACGAACAGCUAAAACGACGGCUAGCGACUGUUGCGGUUCCCGGGGAUCAAGAGCAAGCACGGAGCCAACCGCUAAAAGCUUUGUCCUCUUCGUCCAUUAAUUUCGUGUCUGGUGCAUUAGCGGCAGGGUUUGCCACUGCUAUCACGAAUCCGUUUGAUGCGGUCAAAACCCGGCUGCAGUUGAUGCCGGGAAAAUACGGGAACAUGAUGCGGGCCGUCCGGUUGAUGAUUCACGAGGAUGGCGUGCGAAGUCUAUUCGGCGGUCUGGGACUGCGAAUUACGAGAAAGGCUCUGAGCUCGGCACUCGCUUGGACGGUGUACGAGGAGCUUAUCCUUCGUGCUGAAGCACGUUGGGCGGAAAGUGAAGCACGCUUAUAA